AUGAGCUACUCAGACGAGCAGAAGAAGUUCAAGGGCGUCCGCCGCCGCAAGUGGGGGAAGUGGGUGUCGGAGAUUAGGGUCCCAGGGACGCCGGAGCGCCUCUGGCUCGGUGGAAAAGGUAAAAUGGCCGACCUUAAGGAGUCCGCAGCUGUUGCUCUAAGAAAAGCUAGAGAUGUUUUUACCGGUAAGGCAGAGCAAGUCGACCAGAAAGCCCUUGAAGGCGGGGACAUAAAUACGGAAAAAUACGGUGAGACCGAAUUCAACGCGAGAGAAAGAAUGCAAGAAGUGAAGCUCAACAAAGAGGGUGUUUAUGAUGAGGCGAAGCAGAGAGCCAUGGCUGAUCGAGAGACAGCAGCCGAUAGAGGAAUUGCAGCAAAAAAGAACAUCUAUGGAGCAGCAGGAAAUGUGGUGGACUCUAUCAAGGAGAAGCUGACACUCCCGACAGAUGUCGUGCGCGAAGCUCGGGCCUCACGGGAGUAUGGUGGGCCUAAAAGGGCCGCGAACGAGAAACUGGUGAAGGACAUUGGAGAAGAACCUUCUGGGCCUGCGGCUAUGCCUACUGUCCGGACUUCUGAUUAAGGGGGACUUUGAUCAGAGGUGAAGGCUUUUGAAUAUACUACUACAAUAAAGCCUUCUUUCUAGCAGAAUUUGACAAAGUAGAGAACUUAAAAAAGUGUUGUUGUUAUGAUAUGAUUUCUUUUUCCUAAGUUGUGUGUAACACAUAAAGCUGACUUUGAUAUGAGGUGAAGGCUUUUGGAUAUAUAUACUGCAAAAUAAGGCUUUCUUUGUAGCUGACAAAGUAGAGAACUUGAAAGGCUGUUAUGAUAUGAUCUUGUUUCCUAAAGUUGUGUAAAAAGUUUGCAACAACA